CCACGGCUUUCCUCGUCUAGUCAUUCGCAUCGCCUAGCUUCCUUUUUCUCAUCAAACUCUCCAGGAGGCACAAUGACGCCCAGCACAAGCGCCGUUCAUAUUCUCGAUUUUCCUACAGAGGUCUUGUCUUGCAUCUUUGGCUUUGUCAAGCUUGCUGAGCCUUUCGAGUUGGAUGGCUUGCGAUAUUUCGAAAACCUCACGCAAAACACAACCAGCAUCAAAAGCCUCCGGCUUGUUUGCACCAAGUUCUCCACCAUAGCCACGCCUCUACUGCUCCCGAUUGCUUCUUGUUCCGUACUUGACUCCAAAUCUCUCGAUAGAUUGGAUGAGAUUUCGCAUCAUGCCAUCUUCUCUAGACUUGUCAAAGUGGUCCGCGUCCGCCUUGGGUUUUUGGAUGAAGUGAUUGCAAAGGACCCAGUCCACCUCGCGACAUACCUCUCUUGGACAUGGCGAAGACACUCCAAAGCGAGCGACAAUGCACCAUCGCCCCUUGUCGACGCAGUCGUCGACGACUGGGAGCGCCUGUCGAUGGAUCCAUCCAGCGACGUCGGCGCGGAGAGCCUGCGAAUCCUCAAAUCGAUCCACGCCGAAUACAAGCGUCGAUACCUGGCGCAGUUUGAGGCGCAUAGAUCAGGCGCCUCUUUGCGACGGCUCGCACAGGCGAUGGCCAGGAUGCCCGCCGCGACCCGCCUGGUCAUGGACGACGAGGACCACCAGUACCGCAACACUUCGCACCUGGGCGCGCUCUUGAUCGCGACUGUGGGGGCCGAGGUCGUCGACGAGUCCAGCCUCGCGGCUCUGGCAGCGCCCAUGAGCUGGUACAGCUGCUGGCAUCUCAAAUCCACCCGCGCGCCAGACACGGCGUUGAAACUUUGCCACCCGCCCAUCGACCUCAUCAUCAACCUCCCCGUCGCCGUUCACCAGGCCGGGGUCGCACUGACCGGCCUCAGGAUAAUCAACCUCCAGAUCCCCAGAUACGUGCCGGCCUGGGACUCGGGGGCUCCGUACCUGCGGCCGCUGAAGCUCUCGGCACGCGACGAGCUGAGGGAGGCGUGCCGGACCCUGCAGGUCUUGGAGGUCACUCCGGUUAUUUAUGUAAUUGGGAACCACUGCACCAAGGACUGUAAGGAAGCUAUCGAUCCGGUGGAAAACUUUGGCUGGACAUACCAGCCCGAACGCCGAGUACAAUGGACCCUUUUUGCCACUAUCGUGAAGCUCAUGCUUUCCAAAAGUCUGAGGCACCUUCAUCUCGAUUCGCCAUCAAUCAGCUUCAGAUUGGCGAGCUGGGCAAAUGCGCACAACGGCGACGACUUUUGUGAGCACAUGUUUGGUGGUUAUCCCUUGCCCAACCUUGAAGUCCUUCAUUUGACCAACAAUUCGAUUGGCAAAGGGUCCGAGCUGAUUCAGCUGAUACGCAACUCUGAAGCCAUAUAUCAAGUCCGCUUGAUAGGCAUUUCUAUGCGCAUCUUGGCGGACUCGGGAGAACUUAUUGAAGAGGAGGGGUGGUCAUUAGUCGUGGACGGCCUUCAGGAACAAACACCCCGUAUGCGUGAGAAUUGGCUCAGGCUUCGGGGUUCGGUCAUGAACGACGAGCCAGUCAGAAUAACAAGUGCAUCCUGGGGCGAGCUUAAUGCAUCGCCGCCAGAAUUGUGGGAUCUUGGGAAAGAACUUUUUGCCAAAGAGAUUGACGGCUUCAGUGCGGUAGAGGAUUACAUCCGUGGUGCGACUGACCAAAACCCACUGGUGGAGGCACAGAAGCUUUAUCCGUAUGAAGAAUGGGACCACGAGGGAUGGAGAUAGGAGGACAAAAUUUGCGACCUAAAGGUGUUGACAAUGGUGAUACACCUUGGUUAAUACGGUAUGUUUGUUCGCUGCGACCUAGACCUAUACUAGAUGGAGAACCAGGGUCCCCAAGUUAGAUUACCGCAGCUAUUCAACCACAGAGUAGAGAUUUCCUUGGAUGCAACAGCCUAAAAAACCUUGCCGUUCGCGUUGUGUCCUCGUCGGCCAUUUUCGGAGCCGGUGCGGUUGGGUUGCUAUUUUGAACUGGCUAUCCUAUCCCUUAGCUUACUGGACAUGCAUGCAAGUGGUUGUUGGUUGUGCGAAUAUUGAAA